AUGAAAUCCACACGACCUUGCUCUGCAGCGUCGUUGGAGUAAACAAAACACUUUAAUUUGCUCUUUAACGGGACAGACUAUCUAAACACACGGAGCAUGUUUGUAUAAAAUACCAUUGAUCUGAUUAGAAUGGAAGUCUCUUUGGAGGAAGACAACUACUAUUACCAUGAAAACUUCACUUUCAACUUCAGCUAUGAUGACUACUCCCUCAUCUGUGAGAAGGGUGACAUCCGCUCUUUCGCAGCCAUCUUCCUCCCUGUCGCAUACACGGUGUGUGUGGUGGUGGGGCUGGCUGGAAACGCCUUAGUAGUCGCUGUAUACGCCUACCACAAACGCCUGAAAACCAUGACGGACACUUUCCUCACUCACCUGGCUGUGGCGGACCUGCUCCUGCUCUUCACGCUGCCUUUCUGGGCUGCUGAUGCGGCAAGGGGUUGGGAACUUGGGGAGGUCGUCUGCAAGAUCGUGUCAGCCUGCUACACGAUCAACUUCACCUGCUGUAUGCUGCUGCUGGCCUGCAUCAGCCUGGAUCGGUACUUAGCGGUGGCCAGGGCGCAGGGCAGAGAGCAAGGAGGGCGGCUGCAGAGGAUAUUCAACAGGAGACACUGCUGGAAGAUGUGUGUGAUUGUUUGGGGGACAGCGUUCAUCCUGGGCCUGCCUGAUUUGAUACUCUCCGAAGUGAGGAGGGCAUCCAGUAGGAACAUCUGUAUGGCUAUCUAUCCUUCGUCUAUAGCUGGAGAGGCUAAAGCUUCCCUGGAGAUAGCAGAGGUGCUGCUGGGAUUUGUGGUUCCUCUCCUGGUUAUGUUGAUGUGUUACUGGAACGUGGGUCGGGCACUUAAGAGCCUCCCUAUCGAAAGCAGAGGCAAGAAGUGGAAAGCCCUGCGUGUCCUCCUUAUAGUAGUGGGGGUGUUUGUGGUCACUCAGCUGCCCUAUAACGUUUUGAAGGUCUAUAGGGCGAUGGACUUCGUCUACGUUUUAGUGACGCACUGUGGGACAAGCAAAGCGUUGGACCAGGCUGCUCAGGUGACAGAGAGUCUGGCUCUCACACACUGUUGCCUCAACCCGAUCCUCUACGCCUUUGUAGGGUCCUCCUUCCGGCAGCACAUGAUGAAAGUGGCCAAGAAGUUCGGGGAGAAGAGACGAACGAGGGGGCAGAGAAGAACUCCUGCAGAGCAAGAAGGGAUGGAGAUGUCAUUCAGCUCCCACAGUGCAUCCCAAGAGACUAACACAUUCUCAGUAUGAGUUACCACUAAUACUUCAUGGUGUAGGACAUAUAGACAUAUAUCAAAACCACAUCACUUAUUAGUAGAGUAGAAGAAUGUAUAAGUAUGUGUGGAGUUUCCAGGGAGCUCCAACAUAGUUUAUUUUGAGUUAGACUCACAUACAUUGUCCUAUUACUGUAUAUACUCGCUAGAGAACCUAAUGUGUUACACAACAAAUUCACUAUUUACCCUUUUGUUCAUGUAGUUUAGCUAACAACUAGUUUCCAGCUGUUCACUUAGUCUUUUAUUUUUUUUGUAAUGUUCUGUCAGUUUUUACAGCCUGAUCCUCAAUAAAUUAUAUUCGAUAUUAAAUGUUUUUUUCAUAGUGGCAUGACAGACUUUUUGAAUUUUUACUCAAAGUUAACAAUAAACAAUAAAAUAGCUUCAAAAUGCUCAAUUCUGUAUUUCUGAUAAGCUUAAAUUUGGCUGCUUGUUUAUUUUAAUCCAUGAAACAUUAGCUUCUACUUUAGAAAACGUAUCCAACUAUCUACACCAUAAAAAGUACAAAAACCUGAACCUAAUAUUCUGCUUUAAAAUGAUAAUAAUACUAAGAAGAAUUUAUCAAUAAAAUGAAUAAACUUUAAACAGGACAAAAGAAGAAAAAACAAGCACUGAAUUAGCUGGAAUUUUGCUCUUUUGGGAAUUGACCUAGUAAUAGUUUUAAACAGUGCCCAGUUUAUUUUAACUGUAAUCAAUUUAAGUAAUACUAACAGUACCGACCCACAUGAUGUUACACAUCUGCGCAGGCAAUAAACCAAAUGAACCAUUGAUUUCCAGAAAACUAAAAUGAUAGCACGUCAAAGCAUCCAACAGGGAGUUUCUUGACUGAUGGUGUAGAUUGCAAAAAACAGUCUUGAGCCAAGUCUAUGUCCAGUGGGGAUUUGAUUCGCUUUGAUGUGAGGAAACCGCAGCUUGCCUGUGCCCUGCAUUCCUUGGGACAUCUGAAGCCCACAUUUUCGGCGCACCUCACAGCUUUUCUCCAAACAGGCAGCCAAGUCUGCUUAACAGAUUGAAAACAACUUUGAGUGAUCUCACAAGGUGUAACUGCUGGAAAGACUUUCAUUCCCUUGAUAAUGGAAAAUUCUUAUUUAAUUAUUACACAUAUUUUUCUGUGACAUGGAUUUAACCCAGCAAGAUGAAAAAUGUGUAAAUAAGUCUAGCACUAACGUACCCCGGGACCUAUUGAAAUAAAUAAAGUUAAAUGUCGCCUUUGCUUGCCCUUUGCAAACUAUUGUAAGCGCCCCUUUUUGAAAUUGCAUUCUCUCCAAUUGUAAACUAUACAUAAAUGUAGCACUACAGUUUAAAUGUUUGGGUUUUUGUUACAUCAAGUCUGUUUUCCUCUUGAUGAUUUGUUACCUUUAUCUCCUAGUUAAAAUGUAAACACACUCAGUGCUCACUACAUGUUAGAAUCUCAGAAAUACUCCACUGAUUAAACGUUUACAUUAUAUAUCCUGUUUGUUUGUUUGUUUUCUUUCUCUAUCCCAGAUGGUACAAAUCAAGUGAUGGUCUAUUAAAGUGAUGCUGCAUGUCAUGCUGACAUUGUUUCAUGUGGAAAACAUGGUUUGCCAUCUGGAGAUUCAGCAAAACAUUUCAUUCAGCCAUUAAAGACAAAGAGAAGUCUUAUGUUUCAGCCUGAAGACAAAAUAUGUAGAUACAGUUUGAUGAAGAAA